AUGACCCGCGGGGACCAGCGAGAUCGCGAUAGGGCCAAGAAUCUCGCCAAGCUUGCGGCGGCGGGCACCAAGAAGAGUGGGAACCCCCAGCAGCGCAGAGAGGCCGAUGCGAAGGCAUUAGCGGACAAGAUUGCCGCUAAAGCACUCGCUGCAGAACAAGCAGCGGCAGAUCCGAAGAACAAAGUCGGAGUAGCGGCCAAGACUGGUGCUGUGCCAGCGAAGAAGUAG